GAGGUUAGGUAAUUUAACUUAGGUUUAUUGAACUCAACCCUACUUUUUCCUAUAAUAGAAAGACUAUAAUUCAGAAACUUAAUAGGUGGUUAACUUUAAAUAGACAACAUGAACUAUAUAUAACACUAUUAAAUUAUUUUUAUAUUACCCUUUUUUUUUAAAAAAAAAACAAAACUCUUUUUUCUUAUUACAUAAGAGCUUCAACCCCCCUCUUAAAACAUUUAUUCUUACAAAAACUUUAUUUCCCCCUUUUUUUUUAUGGUUUCUUGAGGAGUAGAAGUGAGUUUAAGAAGCAAGAUAGAUAAAUCGAAAACUCGAAAUUAAAACUCCAAAUUAGGGUUGAUUUGUGUAAAUUCAGAAGAAAAAAAAAUAAAGAAGACCAAUUCAGCAUAAUCAUGGGAAGGGGAAAGAUAGAGAUGAAGAGAAUAGAGAACAGGACUAAUAGGCAAGUGACUUAUUCGAAGCGGCGACAAGGGCUAAUGAAGAAGACCAAAGAACUUGCCAUUCUUUGUGAUGCUCAAAUUGGCCUCAUCAUCUUUUCUGGAACUGGAAAACUUCAUACUUUUCCAGAAUCUUCCAACAGUCUAGGGCAAACUAUACAGAGGUAUCUCAAUGUUCAAGGCAUUCAGCUCCCAGUACAUGAUAAUCGGGAAGAGCUAUAUUCGGAGCUGCAGGCGCUAAGGGAAGCAAUUCACAACGCUGAGCAAGACAUAAGGAACUACUUGGGUGAGGAUUUGGGUCCUCUCCCCCUUGAGGUGUUGCAAAAACAUGAACAGCAGCUUGAAUCCUCCUUGAACAUAAUUCGAGUACGAAAGAACCAGCUCAUGCAACAGCAAAUGGAAAAUCUUCGCAGAAAGGAACAACUGUUGCAGACCGACAAUGGAAACAUGUAUCGUUGGUUGAUGGGAGGUGGACAACUUCCUGAGCAGCAGCAGCAGCAGCAGCAACUGAUGGGGCAGAUGCCAUUUAUCUAUGGAGGAGAAGACCAGCCAAGUAGCAGCACUGUCCUUCAGCUUGCUACUUCAUCUUCAUCGCCUCACCAGUAUUGUCCUUACCGCCUUCAACCCACUCAUCCUAACCUUCAAGACUUAUGAGUGAGUUGUUUCCGAAGCAAGGCUAUAUAGUUUAAGAACUUACUAUCACAAAUGCGUGCUACUACUACAUAAAUCUUGUUAGUUUACAAAUUAAAUCUGAAACUUCAGAUAGUUUCAGAAACUUAUCUCUGAUGUAAAUUUUUCUGAUUGUCGUGUACUCAUGUUAAACUUUUAUAAUUUGAUUAAUACAGUGUGUAGCUUCUCACUUGAUAUAC